CGCAUGCAAUGUUUUGGUCAGGAGACAGGAGCAACAACUGCAGAUUAUGAGUCACCUGCGGUUCACCAGAUGUUCGUGUCUCUGCAAGGAAAGCUCUUGAUAAUCACAGUAAGAUGGUUCUGACGUGUCUUGCCACUGGUUUCUACCCCAGAGAUGUUCAGAUGAACAUUAGAUUGUACAGAACUAAUCUUGAGGAUCAAACAUCUUCUGGAAUCAGAGAAAAUGAUGAUGAGACAUUUCAGAUGAGAAUCAGUGUGGAGAUCGACAGAAACCAUGAAGGAUCUUAUGACUGUCUGCUCAUUCACAGCAGUCUGACUGAACCAAAUUCAGUCGAAUGGGAUGGAACAUGUUCUGACUGUGAGAUGGAUUCUAUAUGUAUUAUAACAGGAGUAAUAGCUGUAUUUCUAGCUUUGAUUGUGAUUGGUUACUUCAUCUACAAAAGGAGAAGAUCAAAUUCUGAGACAGCAAUGAUAGAGGAGAAAAUGAUGAUGACAGAAACACUGAAUCAUCAUCCUUUCCACACACAGGUUCAAGGAAAUAGUGAAGUAAGAAAUGAUGUAUUGUUGCCGUGAAACAACAGAUUUGAUUACUGUAAAAUUACACUUUUAUAUGCAGUAUUUGCAAUGAAAUCAGGAAUGGACCGUUUUUACAUUUUCAGGGUUCCCAUGAGCUGAGCUAAAAUAUUUCUGCUGUAGUGGUGAAUGGGAGACUACAGCAAUAAUUACUUUUGCAUUCCCGUUUGCCUCACAAGCAAAAAUGAUAAUCCACAAUAGCAUUUCCGUGACUUUUCAAAGUAGAAAAAAAUCAAGAGAUUGAUUACAGCCAUUAAAAGAGAGAAAGAUGUCAAAUUUGCCAUCAUCCCCUCAGCCGUUGUAUUAGAAACACCUAUGUUACAGUGUUUUGUUUGUUUGUUUGUUUGUUUUUUUGUUAUUUCGAUACUGCGACAAAGCCAAAGCACAAGUUUACAGUAUUAAUAAAAUGGAAAAUCAUUAGGCCUUUAUCAGUCUGUGAGGAGCUGUGAUGGUAACCGUUAAAUUGUUUUUUGUAUUGCUGCUAAUGUUCUUAAAGAAUUAGUUCACUUUCAAAUGAAAAUUAGCCCAAGCUUUACUCACCCUCAAGCCAUUAUAGGUGUAUAUGACUUUCUUCAUUCUGAUGAACACAGUCAGAGAAAUAUUAAUGGGGACAUUGGAUGCAAAAUUCACUUUUACAUGGUGUUUGGACAUAAAUGUGUGCUGGCAGUGUGUGUACACAACCACCCUAUAAUGAUAAAAAAAAAUUUUAAUCCCCACAAAUCAUAAGCACUUUGUCAGAUCAAGCCGUUCACAGAUUCUUGGCAAAGUAACAUACUCUUGAUGGACACUGCCGUUUAAGCAUAGACCUGCCAUGAGUGAGCUGUAAACAGACAGUCCGCCAUUGUAUGAUUUUUCCAACAAACUCUGAAGUAAUCUGACCUGGCCAUGAACCGUUGUCAUGACGAUGAGGCAAGUCCCUUGCAAAGACUGCUGUUUGAUCGCGCCGGCGCCUCAUGCACACACAACAAAGCACUGCAAAUGUGACAUCACAGCUUGUUCAUUAUCAAAAUAAUACAGUCGUAAUUUCUAUUUAGAACCUUAUCACUGUAAUUCAUAACUGCACGUUUAUAACGAACAAUGCAUUAAGGUGAUUGUCUUAUUACAAACUGUGUACAAUUUAUGUAAAGAUAACAUAGUAACACUACAAUAAGGUUCAUAAAGGUGUUGGUUAAUGACUAACAAGUAAUUUUCAAAUGUAUUUUAAUCGUUUUGAGCAUUUAUAACUGCAUAAAUAAGAAUGGUGAGUUCAAUACCUGCCAAAUAGUGUUUACAGCCCGCCCACGGAAGAUAGGGGUGGGGUGAACAGUAGCUCAUUAUCAUUUAAAGGGACAUGCACCAAAACGACUCCCUGUGAACAGAGCUGUUUUUGACAAGGUAAAAGGGUGUUUUUUUUACACAACCAUUCAGAAAUUUUAAUCAAAGUAUGUUAUAAACUUUUCAUGAAGACCCUAAAGAAUCAUACUAACUUGUGGAAAAUUGGCAUCCGAUGUCCCCUUUAAUAAAUAUCCUGACGCGUCUGAGCUUUAUAAUGGCA